GCAAGAUGUUCUGUGGCGAGUGCGGCAGUCGGUACGACGACGCGACCUCGCGCUUCUGCGCCGAGUGUGGCGCCCCGCGCGACAUGGACGAUCUGUCCCCUGCUCCUGCCACCGUUGCCCCGACGCCUGCCUACACGGCCCCGACGCCCGCCUACGCUGCUCCGACGCCGCCCAGCGUGGCGCCCGCGUACGUGGCCCCAACGCCCGUGUACACCGCCCCGCCAGCUGCGCCGGUGGCCGCCGCGCCGCUGCUCCGCCCAACGGUCGUUGUGCCAGCGCUCGCGCCGGCAUGCGUCAAGUGCGCGACGCCGUUUGUGGACGCAGCCGAAAUGUUUUGCGGCGAGUGUGGGUACCGUCGCCAAGCGUCGCCGCCGAGCGCGGCGCCUAUCGCUGUGCCGCCGCCAAUGGUGGACGACGACGACGACGACCUAUUUGGCGGUCCUGCACCGUCGGCAGCGGCCGUGGCCUCGAUGCCGCCCUCCGCGCCCAAGCCCGCGUUCACGACGAGCUUUCCGGGUGCCUCGCUCGCCGCCGCGCAGCUCGCCGGGCUCACGCUCAAGACGUCGACGACCGAGCCCGCGCUCCUCGACACGCAUGGCACGGGCGACGGCAUUUCGUUCCGGACGAUCACGAGAGCGCACGACAUGGACAGUUUGAGCCUGCGCCAAGCGAUUUCCGCGACCAUGGACCGCAACCGGUCGAGCCCGGAUGACGUGACCCACAACUACCACUCAUCCAAGGUCAACGCCAACAUCUCGGUCCACCACAACAUGCAAGUCAUCUCGGAAGAGGAGCAGUGGUACUCGUCACGGUCGGCCCCCGACGGCCCGCAGUGGCUCGAGCUCUUGCGGCAGCACCGCCAAAACAAGACCCAGUUCACCGACCCGCAGUUUCCGCCAACCACCGCGUCCUUGUACCGGGACCCGUCGCGGCCCAACACCUUUCCUGGCACGACGCCGCUCGAUGCGAUCGUGUGGAAGUGGAAGCGCAUCAGUGACUUUUUCUCGACAAACGCGUACGUCGAAGUGACCAUGGUCGAUGACGACAAGAAGCUCGUGUCGGGCAUUGCGGUCAAGUCGGCGGCCGAAGCCGAGUCGAUGAUCGCAACCAUCCGCGACCAGCGCGACGUGUCGAUCGACGCGCGCUUCCUCCUCCGCGCGACCGAGGCUGUCGAGCUCGCCCUCACGCACAAGAAGCGCGAGCACAUGCUGCUGCUGACGACGUCGUUGAUCCAGCACAUGUCCGAGUACGUCGACGGCGUCCAAAAGUACGAGCUCCUCUGGCAGCGCAGUCUCUUGGACCAAAACAAACCGCUCGUGUACCAAGGCGUCGGGUCGCCGUCCGGGUAUCGCCUGGACGGCAAUGGCAUGUCGCGCGUCUCGGUGCUCGUGCCCGUGCAGUUCCAAGCGCAACACGUGUGUGUGUUUGACCGGCACAAGCGCGACGUGGCCGAGUGCAAGGCCGGGCGGCUCGCGGACGGCUACCUCUUUGGUGCGCUCUCGAUGCUGUCGACGUCGCCGACGCUCGUGGCCCAGCUCUUUCCGAUGCUGACGCCCGACCUCGUCGAUCCAGCGCAGCGCGACCCUGACGUCGCGUCGGCGUUUGCGCUCGAGCAGCAGUACAACGACGAAGGCGUCUACUGCGUGCGAUUCUGGCGCAAUCACAAGAGCUAUCUCGUCAUUGUCGACGACUACAUUCCGUGCUCGCAGUACGGCAAGCCCGUGUUUGCGUCGUUUACAGGGUCGCCGUCUCGGUUUGAGAUUUGGUCGAUGCUCGUCGAGAAGGCGUAUGCGAAGCUCCAUGGCGGCUACGACGCGAUCCUUGGCGGCCAAGACGUCUACUGUCUCCAAGACCUCUGGGGCGGCAUUCCAACCACCCUUUCGACGACGCAACUCGCCAACGCCGAGGCCGCCUACGCCUAUCUGACGCAGUCGCUGCACCAAGGCAAUCUGCUCGGCUUUUGCAACGACCAAGCCGAAACGUCGCUGCCAUUGGGGCUCAAGGCCGGCCACACGUACGGCGUGCUCCGCCUCGUCGAGCUACUCGUGGACGGCACGACGCAGUACCUUAUCCAGCUGCGCAACACGUGGGGCGAUACCGACAAGGACGUGGUGCCCGUGCGUGUGCCGUGGACCAAAGGCUCGGCCGAGUGGAAGCGUGUCUCGCUGCGUCAAAAGCAAGACGCAGGAUAUACGCUCAACCCGGACUUUACCUUGUGGCUGCCGCUCGAUGCGUGCGUCGCCUUCUUCUCGUCGCUCUUCGAGUCGAAGAAUUUGUACCAGUUUCCGACCGCGUCUGGCGCGCCGCUCCUGGCGACGGGCCCGGUGGUCUCGGUGCACAUUGUGUCGGGCGCGUGGACGGCAGCGACGUGCGGUGCUCGCAAGGCCGUGCAUCUCAAUCCGCAGUACCAGCUUCUCGUGCCAGCGCCGACGUCGCUCGCGGUGCAUUUGGAACAACCGUCGCGCCGACUGCACAUGCAGAAAGAGUACGCGUGCUUUGUUGCGCCGAUCGUGUCGGGUCGUGCAACGCCGGCCCAGCGCAAGCUCGACAUUGGGCAUGACGUGGUCGCGACCGGCACGUUCAUCUCGAACCGCAGCUGCUUCCUCGGGGUCCCCGAGUCGUUGCCCGCCGACAAUUAUGUGGUGAUUCCCGCCACGUACGAGCCGUUCGAGACGUCGUUUCAGCUCGCGAUUUUUACGAGCACGCCUGCCGCGCUCUUGCCGAUUGCCGACAACGACAUUCCGCACUGCUGCGUGUGCCAACAACCGCUCACUGGCUCGUACAGGACGUUCGAGGCCAAGGACGGUGUGCACCACGUGUGCAAGGAGCCCUGCACCGAGAUCUACCGCCAGCAGCACACGGCGGUUUGUGUCGACUGUGGGCAGCGCAUCGAGGUGGUGCCAGGGCAGUUUUCCGGCCGCCUAUUUACGCUGCCAGACGGCACGACGUGCCAUGCCGAAUGCAUUGAUGCGUACCGCAUCCGCACGGCCGAGAGCUGCGGCCACUGCCACAUGGCCAUCACGCCGAUCCCCGGUCGGUUCGAUGGCAAGUACUUUCAGCUCGACUCGGGCAAGAAGGUCCACGCCGAGUGCAUGGCCGAGUACCAAGAAACGAUCGCCAAGCGCUGCAAGCACUGCGGCCUCGGCAUUGUCAAGAACGCAACGUUUGACGGCCGGUUUUACCAAAUCGCCAACUCGGACGACCAAGUCCACUUUGAAUGCUGGGAUGCGUACCAGGCGAGUGCGGCGCCGCGCUGCCGCCACUGCGCAGCCCCGAUCCUUGCAGUGCCCGGGCGUUUUGACGGCCGCUUUUACGAGCUCAACGACGGAUCGGGGAAGGUGCACUUCGAGUGCUGGGACGCCUUCCGCCUGCGCUAAGAUGCGCCGACAUGGCUUUUUAGCAUAAUAGAAGAAGCCUUGAGUGUCGCC